UGAAAGCGGAAGUAAACAAAGAGAACGUUGCGGUUUACUCAACCGUGUAAUUGGAAUGUGUGUAAUAAGUGCUUAUUAUUAACUCUCCUAGAUUUGUAAAUGAGGUUCGCAUACUGGAUUAUUGCAUAGUCGUUUUCUUGGUCGGUAUCUUGAUAUGACAGGAUAAACACAUCCUUUAUUCAUUCUUUAGCUUUAGGGCUACUAUCAGGUAGCGUUAGCUUAAAUAACAGAGCAGUAGCAGUUUUAACCAGUUCAAGUCUCUGACAUCUUUCUGGACAAAUAUAGACAUUGACUGUUAGGGGGUAACAGUACAUUUUAAGUCUGGAAGCCGGAUAAAGCCUGGAUCCCACCUGGAAUCGUUUAUUUAUAUAUAAAUAUAUUCAUAUGUCUUAUGUAUCUUCUAUUAAGAAUUAAAAAUGAAUGGUCAAGCUGAGGUAGAAGUGGAUUAUAAGAGAAAAUACAAGAAUCUCAAACGCAAGUUGAAGUUUCUGGUAUAUGAGCAAGAGUGUUUUCAGGAGGAGCUUAGAAGAGCUCAGAGGAAACUAUUAAAAGUUUCUAGAGACAAAAGUUUUCUGUUGGACAGACUGUUGCAGUAUGAAAGGGUGGAUGAAGAGUCUUCUGACUCCGACGCCACUGUUUCCUCAGACAGUGAAGGAGAGGGAGCCAGAGAGAGAGACAGAGAAGCAGGAAAGAAGAGGAGGAGUCCUGGAGUUCCUCCCGUCCCUUCAUCUUCAUCCCCUCAUCUCUCGCUCAUGUCUCGCUCUGGUGCGGUUCCUCUCCAGUCAUCUGCUCCUGCACAGUAUCUUAACACUUUGCCCUUCCCUCCUGAGUAUUUGGCUCCCUCUGCUGAGCGAGUGAAGAAAGAGAGAAAACCAAAACUGGCAAAACACAGGAAAGACGGUUCAGGGAAGGUGGUAGGCCCGCUGACUUCUAAUUACCCUGCAGGCAGUGGUGCAGCUGGAGCUACGAGUGGGCCGUUCAGCUGGGUCCCACAGCAGAUGCUGAGUGAAGAUGCAGCCGAUGAGGAGGGAGAGAGCGAUGGAGAGAGUGACAGAGGAGAGGAUGAGAGAGGAGAAGGGGACGAGGCAGAGCUAGUCAUUGACAUACCCAAUGAGUGAAGGUGCCAGAUGACACUGCAAGCAAAACAUUUCAAAACAUUUUGUUUAAUUACAUCUGUUUUUACUGUGUAAAAAUGAUUUAAUUAAAAUGUUUAAAUCUAUACCUCUUCUUUGAUGUUAUUAUGGUCUUCAUCAUCG